AUGUCUAUCAUAAUAGAUUUGCAUCGUAUGAAAAUUGUUCAUCUGUUUAUUGAACAAAAUUCAGAUCCUAUUAUUUACAAAUAAACUCAAGAAUUAUUAUCUGAAUAUGAAGAAUAGGGUGCACUCAGAACAAUCUCUGAUCAACUUUUAUAAUCUAAUUUAAAUAAAGUGAAAAAUAAUGACACUAUGAACUGUAAUAAGUUUGGUGAAAUCUUACUUCUAACAUCUACAAAAUUUUUAUUUUUUAAAAAUGACUAUUUAAAAAAGACUUGA